AUGAUAAUUCAGUUUCCCGUUUUAUGUAUAUCAUAUAUCGAUCGGAUUUACAUACGUAGUUGUAUUGAAGCGCGAAUUCAACCCACAAAAGCGGGCAGUACUUCUCCGAGCCAGAGAGGUUCGACCCAAGCAGGUUCGAAGGUGGGCCCGCCGCUCUACACGUUUUCUCCGUUCGGUGGCGGCCCCAGGAUGUGCACUGGGAGUGGGAAGGAAUACGCUCGGCUGGAGAUCCUGGUGUUCAUGUGCCAUCUGGUGAAGCGGUUCAGGUUCCAGAAGCUUAUUCCUGACGAAAAUAUUGUGGUGGAUCCGAUGCCCAUCCCGGCUAAAGGUCUCCCUGUGCGUCUCUUUCCUCACAAGCGGUAG